AUGGCGGGCGAGAUCCGGUUCUCCGAACAAGGCCAACUAAAGGAGGUGGGUGCAGGCUACACCUUACUCCGGAGCGGUCGCCCCAGGGCAGAGCGACGGGACGCCGGUGUCGCCUUCGACAUCGGGAACGACAUCGUGAGACGAAUGCCCCUUCUGCCACAGGGCAUCAGCGAUCGCCUGAUGAGCCGCCGUCUGCCUCUCUGGAAUGGCAAAUUCGUCACCACCAUAAGCUCCUACGCUCCGCCGAUGACCAGCCCUGACGCCGCAAGAGACAAAUUUUACGAAGACCUGCGCGCCCUCCUGGUGACUGUUUCGAAAGCGAACAAGUUGAUUGUCCUUAGUGAAUUCAUCAGUCGCAUCGGCACAGACCUGGAGAGGAUUACUCGGUCCCCAUGGUCUCCGCGGCUCCAUCGACAAUGGUCUGCUCUUUCUCCGCACCUGCGCAGAACACCGCCUCAUCCUGACGAACACCUUCUACAGCGAUAG